AUGUGUCAACUUCGGAGAGCGGCUCUGCUAGGUUCUUGCGAAGUUGUCACUGGCGGCGGCGGCGGCGGGUUGCAGGAGCCCGAAAGGGAUUUCAGUGGGAGCAGCAGGAAGAAUACAAUGAAAGCCGUAUAGCAUGAGGAUACCCUUCUUCUUUCUGCAAAAGUUGGAUCAUUCCACAAACUGGAUAUAAUUAGCGAAAAAGAGUUUGAGUUUUGGAAAUUCUCUAACCUAAUAUAUCAAAAGGCAGCAUGCUGUGAUGGGGCUCUUGUGAGUUUAGCUUGCCUGCCAUGCACCCCACAGGGAGUGUAGAUACCAGUUUUUCCCGUACGGCUGUGCAAACAUUGUCCCGUAGCCACUGCCGGAACAUAAAGCAAAAGAUUUCUCAGUGGGAAGGUCGGACAAAGGUCUGCCUAGAAGAAAGGCAAAAACUGAAGGAUUUUGGGGUCAGAUAUGGCCUCAACAGCAAGGAAAAGCCAUCAGCUCCUACUGACAAGAGUAUAGAAGCCAAUGUUCAGCGUUUAGGUUUAGAUUUCUGGGAAAACUCUAAUCUUGGCUCUGUAACUGAGGAGGAAGAGGAGGACAAUGACGACCAUCACUUCCAAGAGAUUUCCAGAAACCAUUCAGUGGAGCAACUUUCUAGUGACAGUUUACCUGAAGCAGCAGAUGCUACAGAAUGGCCACGGGAGAGACUGCCUCCUGGGAAUUUCUACACUUCACGGGGCCUAUGGAAACAAAUGGAAACUCUUCCUUGUGAUGUAGAAGCUUCUGUUGCACUGGACUUAAAAAGGAAACGGGAAAGCUGUGGUUCAACAGAGAAGGAGCUGAACAUAGCUCUAGCAAAGAACCUGGAGACAAUAUAUUUUGAUGUGGAAGGUCAGGAAAGUCAGCCAGCCAUCAACCCAGUGCCCAAACCACAGAGGACUUUCCGUUACCAUUCUGAGAAGGACCAGGUAAACUUGACCAAUGGAUACCACAGCAAUAAGAAGCCACUGGAACAGCUGUGCAAUGGGAGCUAUCCUGCAACUGCCUCCCAUGAGUCUGACCACAGAACAGGCAGCAGAGGAAUCCGAGGCAGAUCUAAGAGAAAGUCCUUUGAAUUUGAGGACAUCCAAAGUUAUCGAAACAGACUAGCAGCCAUCGAGUACCAAAAGCUUCACGAAGAACUAAAUGGCACUACACGUGUCUGUCUCUAUUGCACGCAGUCAGAGGACAACCUCUAUGAGGAUAUUAUUGAUCGCAAAGAGAAUCCCUAUGAGGACAUUAAAGUGAAGCCUUUGUGGAGGAUCCCAUCUAAUUGGAAGCUGCCUCCUCCCCGAAAUACCUUCAAGCCACCCAAGCUUCUCCACAAGCCGCACUUCUUCCACCGUAAAACGUUGGAGAUAAAGAACACACGGAUCUGUUUGCGUGAGUUGCCGAAAGAUUCAACACUACCUGUUACGUUGACCGAAUGGAAAUUCUUCAAAGCAGGAGAUGCUGGAAGCAGGAAGAGAAAAAAUCUUCCCCGGCUUGUGUUGAAGAUACAAGAGAUCUUUGAUUCCAGACGAGGAAAGAAACGUGUGAAGUUGGUGGUACAAACUGGAAGACUUUCUCCAGCUAGAGGUGAAACCAGUGGAUAUGAGAGUGAACCAGAGAAUCUGCCAAAAAGUCGCCAUAAGCGCCUUCUGCAGGUCCAGGCUCAGUCCAAACGAAACCCACACUACCAAACAUUGGAACGAGAUCUCAUUGAGUUCCAGGAGCAGCAGCUCUUUGAGUUGUUCGUUGUGGUAUCUCUGCAGAAGAAGCCAUCAGAGGCAACAUAUACCCCACAGGUUAUACAACAGUUUCCAUGUAAGUCUGACCAUCCUUUUCGUCAAUCUAAGGACACUGAAGAAAGACUAAAGGUCAUUCCCAGAUUUUUCCCUGAUCCUAAAGAUUGGUGUCCAACCUUAGAAACAAGAGGUAAGUGUGAAACCUUUUCCUUUGUGCUAACUGGUGAGGAUGGCAGCCGUUGGUUUGGAUAUUGCAAAAGGCUCUUGCCAGAAGGAAAAGAGCGGCUACCUGAGGUCUACUGCAUGGUUAGCCGUCUAGGCUGCUUCAACCUUUUUUCUAAGAUAUUAGAUGAAGUGGAGAAGAGGCGUGAGAUGUCCCCUGCCCUAGUUCACACCAUUUUGCGCAGUGUUAUGGAAGCACCAUUCCCUGCUCCUGGGCGUACCAUCACUGUGAAGAGCUUCCUGCCUGGAGCUGGCAAUGAGGUGAUUGAGCUUUGCCGCCCACAGGUCCGAUUAGAACACAUAGAUUUUGAAUGUCUCUUAAAGUGCCUCAGUGUCUCUAAUUUGAUCCAAGUUUGUGCUUCUCUUCUGCUAGAAAGAAGGGUGAUCUUUGUUGCUGACAAUCUAAGGUCAUUGUCCAAAUGUGGCCAUGCUGUGGUUGCAACCCUCUACCCAUUUACCUGGCAACACACUUACAUCCCUGUCCUGCCAGCCUCCAUGAUAGAUAUUGUUUGUUCACCUACUCUCCUCAUUGGCAUCCUCUCCUGCUCCUUAACACAUCUCCAGGACCUGCCUAUAGAAGAGGUACUGAUCGUUGAUCUGUGUGCCGAUAAAUUUCUGCAAAAGAUUUCAGAUGAGGAUGAAAUUCUACCUCACAAACUUCAGGCUGCACUUGUACAGAUCUUAGAAGAAAGGAAUGAAAUCUUGUUUCAGGAACGCUGCUACACACAAGGUGAUGUGACACUGGAUUCUCUAUUAUCAGAGGCUUUUGUGCGCUUUUUUGUGGAAAUCGUGGGGCACUAUUCUUUGCACAUGCAUGUCACCGAGAAAGGAGAAAGAGUAUUCCAGCGGGAGCCCUUCCGGAAGUCCCAUACGUCCCGUAGUGUGCGUAAUUUCCUAGAUAUCUUCAUGGAGACACAAAUGUUUGCUGGUUUCAUCCAGGACCGAGAGCUACGGAAAAGUGGGGUAAAAGGCUUGUUUGAAGUUCGUGCCUUGGAAUACUUGGAGACCAUUCCAGAGUCUGAGCCAAGUGGAAUGAACAAAAUCCUUCGUAGUCUGGGUAAUAAAAUGAAGUUUCUACAAAAGAAGUGAAAAGACAAAUGUAGAAUUGCUAAGCUUUAUUUUAUGAUCCGGGCAAGCCAUAAUGAGAUGGCUGUGUCGAUGUGGUAUUCUAUUAGAUUCUUCAGGUUCCACAUGAAGAACUUCAGAUGACUGGAAAAAUGAGCACCAAAUAUGAACAGCAUGCUCAAUCUCUGUUCUUCUUGGUCUGGUUGGAGCAAAAAAUGAACUUCUGUUUACAGAUGAUUUAUACAGAAAAAAUAACAGCAGAAACAAUAUCCUUAUUUAUACUGCAUGGCCAAAAAAGAUUGUUCCUUUUUCCUUAUGUUAUUAAAAAUAUGCUCAAAGCAAUCCAAUGCUUCAGCUCAAAGCAAUCUCAAGGAUUCAGCUGGUAUUUUUUAAAAAGAAGAAGAAACUAGGAAAGAACCAGGAAUCCAACAAAAUGGCUAUGCAAUAUUUCCUUGAAUAAAUUCUUUGCACAAGAAAGCCUUUCCUAAAGCUGGUUGGAGGUUAUAAUCUCUCCUUGACUCUAACACCAUCACAUCAGAUAUUCUAUUGGCUUGAUCAAUCAUGUUAACUAUUGUUUGGAUAGAUUAUUGCAGUGUAAAGCUUUUUUCCUCACUUUUGGAAGCAAAACAAGAAGACUGUUUUCUAUGUUCGUCUUGAUUGUUGUGAAUGUACACACUGUCUAAUUACAAGUCCAUCUCAUAUAUGACAGAGGAAAUACCUCAUGCUAAAGUAUUGUUUUCUUGUCAGGAGAAGAAUGUUUUCCCAAUAGGAGUAUGAAUAUUUUUCAAAGUCAAGAUACUGACAUUGAAAUAGACUAAUUUGCUGCAGAACUGAUGUAAAGGGACAGACGAUUCCUUUCAUGCACUCUAUUUUGCAAUAAAAACUGGAAUAACAAAUUAUUCUUCCCUUGAAGCAUCAUUCUACUCUUUUCCCAUGGCUAAAUUUCAUCAACAAUAUGCUUCUUCAUUUAAUGUUGAAUUUGUCAACUGCUUUCAAUAAAUAUUGAAUUUUCUUAUUAGCCAUUCCUGGAGAUGCCUAGCAUUUGAUAUAAUCUUUUUAGGAUUUAUUACCUAAAUAUUGGAUUUACAUAACAUUAAUCAAAUAUGACAGAAAGUCUAGAUUCACCCAUUGAUCUAUUCCAAAAUGCAGUUUGUGUUGGGUGAAUCCAGUUACUGUGGCUUUAGAUCAUGGUUAUUGGCUUAAUGAAUACUCAUCCAACUAUCAUUUAUAUAAUAAGCAAUGGUUAAAUCAUGAUUUACUAUGAUACAGACUUACAGCUGUCUCGUGAUUAGUUACAUUCAUCUGCAGAUCCCUUGCAAAGUAUAUUGUAGCUAAUGGCUCCUGUCCAGUAAAAUGUUGCCACAUGUUUACAAUAACGAAAAGUUUUAGACUAUGUUAUGUUGCCUGUGAGCAAAAAUAUCCCAAGUGAAAGGGGAUUUUUCUUUGAAGUGCAGAAUGCUGAAGUACUGGGCUGUUUCUUUGCUGUGUGGUUAAAUUGACCUUUGGAUAAAACAAAUGUGUGGCUUGCCUCUUAUAAAAAAAAUAAUGCUGCUUUUAAUGGCAAACAGUUACUGAGUCUUUUAUUCCCUUGCAGCAUGUAAAGUAGAUCUGUCUAAGAAGGAAGUUCAGUAAAUACACAGAAAGAUAAUAUGAAAAAACUGGUGAACUUUUAUCAUGAACUCGAGUUCUACUUAGAGAAUAUGAUCACUGUCCAACUUUGAAAGAAUAGGCAAAAGUUUGACUUGCUGAUUCUCCAUGAGGAAUUAGACAAUUUAUUGAAAAGCCUAGGAAAUGUCCUUUUUAUUUUCAUUUGGCCAAAGUCAAUAACCCACCCAAUGUAAGUAAAUUCAGAACAAUUUUUUUUGGAAUCUGGUGAGAUUGCAGGUUGAUACUCAUGUGGUUCUUACUGAGGGCUUUUCUGCAGUCUUCAGCUGCUUGUCUCCCAAAAUAAAC